AGUUAUAGCAACAAAAACCUGCUUCGAGGGCGAGUAUAUGUGAUUGUUGGAAGUUGUAGGGGGUUUCUAUACUGCCGGUUCUCUAAAACCUCUUUUAUUUCUAAGUGAACUCUUGGAUCAACUACCAACAAGCGACUUGGAUCAACUAACAACAACUACUUCUGACAAGAACUGGAUCCCACCCACUCACCGGAUGAGAAGCAUUGAACAGAAAAACAAGCUGAGUACAUAUUUUCGUGCAACAGGAGCUCAGUACCUUUGUGUCGGGUAAAUACUAGAGUAUCGGACGUAAAAAAAACGGCAUGGGACGUCCUGUGGACGUGCUUGGAUUCGUGCUGGUUUUCUGUCUAAGCCUACAUGGAAUCCAGGGUGCAGAUGUGUGGACUAUAGAGGGAGACUCGCCAAUCCUACCCUGUGGAAUCACCUACGGCCCGGAAGUAAACCUCUUCUGGACACUGCAGCCUGAAAACAUCAUUAUACUUCUCAAGCGCCCAGAUGGGACAGUUGAGGUUCUGGAGAAGCAGUGGGAAGGGAGGGUUGAGUUCUUAGACGGGAAGAGGUUGAGAAUCAGGAACGUUUCCAGACAAGACGACUCUUCAGCAGUACAAGGGGAGUAUCGCUGCUCCCAGGGAAGCAGAGCUGGAGAGAGGUCACAUCUACAUGUCAGGCGUAUGUACUAG